AUGGACGCUGUUCUGUCAGGGAUAUACCAUUCACGGAACAUCUAUGUUAUUUUGUAGGAAGUAACAUUCAGAUGGGGUGUUUAUCUGAAAUUGAAUAAUGAUACUGCAAAAGCUUUAUAAAUGUUUGUCACAAUUUGUGUUAUUAAUACAUACGUAUCUGAUGAUGCAAAAAAAUCACGGUAAUAAGCACUCUAGUUAAUCCUUUAUUCGGUGAGCUGUCUUCUCCCUCCUCCCCCAUUCACAUAAUGGUUUAGUCAGUAAUGGAUGCCCUUUCAAGCGAGAUUUAGGUUCCUGUUACUGAGAAGAUGAGUGAGCUGAAGGACUGUCCCCCUCUGAAGUACUAUGACUUCAAACCUGUGGACCAUGUGAAAGUGUGUCCACGAUACACUGCUGUGCUCAGCCGCUCGGAGGAUGAUGGCAUUGGCAUUGAAGAGCUGGACACACUUCAGCUGGAGCUGGAAACGCUUCUCUCUUCUGCGAGUCGCCGUCUCAGAGCACUGGAAGAACAGAGACAGAUUCUAACAGACUGGCAGGACAAAAAAGGGGACAAAAGGUUGCUGAAAUUGGGGAAAGAUACAGAUCUUUCAGCUUCUUCUCGCCAUUCCAAGCCCAAAAAACAGAAGCUUGAUGGUAAAGGCAGUCAUGCUCCUGGGCCUGGACCAGGCAGACCAAAGUCUAAGAACAUACAGACCAAGGUCCAGGAAUUUGAGUUUGAAGUGGACCCGCAAGAUAUACCCCGCAAUCCCAAAAAUGAUGCUCCCAACAGAUUCUGGGCCUCUGUGGAGCCUUACUGUGCGGACAUCACAAAUGAAGAGGUGCGAGUUCUUGAAGAACUGCUCAAACCACCUAAUGAUGAAGCAGAGUACUACAAGAUCCCAGCCCUGGGAAAGCAUUAUUCCCAGCGCUGGGCUCAAGAGGACCUGCUAGAGGAGCAAAGAGAGGGAGCAAGGGCCAAUGACAAGAAGAAAAGCAUGAUGGGUCCUCUUUCUGAACUGGAUGCCAAAGAUGUAGAUGCCCUGCUUAAGAAGUCAGAGUCACAGCAUGAGCCUCCAGAAGACGGCUGUCCUUUUGGCCCUCUUACUCAGCGGCUUCUACAAGCACUUGUUGAGGAAAAUAUUAUAUCCCCUAUGGAGGAUUCACCCAUUCCAGACAUUCCAGGAAAGGAUGAUGGGGCUGGUACAUCUCCUCGUAGCCAGGGUAAAGCCUUCAGUGUGCCUCACACACGCUCUCUAGAGUCUCGUAUAAGAGAGGAGCUGGUGUCUCAGGGGUUGCUGGACUUUGAUGAGAGGCAAGGUGUUGGGGGUGAGUCUGAAGAUGAGGUGCUGGCUGAACUGCAGAAAAGACAGUCUGAACUCAAAGCACUUACUGUCCACAAUCGCUCACGCAAGCAAGAGCUUCUCAAGUUGGCACGGGAAGAGAUGAGGAAACAGGAGCUUCGUCAUCGGGUUCGAGUGGCUGAUAACGAGGUUAUGGAGGCCUUCCGUCGCAUUAUGGCAGCCAGGCAAAAGAAACGCACUCCAACAAAAAAAGAGAGAGAUCAGGCUUGGAAAGCACUGAAAGAGAGAGAAAGUAUUCUCAAACUCUUAGAUGGAUAAAUA